AUGUCUGCAUUUUCUCCCUUGAACUUGGUCGAGGAUGCUUCCUCGAAAAAGGACUUGGAAGAAGACCACACCAGAGAAAUUGAGAUCGAAAAUGCAUUCAAAACCUUCCAGGAAGCGAUAUCGCUUCAGCGACAAAGAGAUUUCGUUCAAGCAUAUGUCAAGUAUAAAGAGCUCCAAAAAAAAGAUGUGAUAUAUAACCACUACUACGAAGAGACUGAGUUUAUCAAGGGAUUACAGAAUGGAGGGUUCAACACGAGACCAGACGAGCUCAGUUACGUUUCACAGAAUGUCAAGACCAUACGAUUUUUGUACUUCAGAAACAGGGGGUUCUUGUACUUCAACAUUCUUAAAAGGGGCCGCGAGUUGAUUGAACAGGUUCUCGAGAAAGACCAGGCUUUGCCCGAUGCACAAGUAAUCACAUACCUGGAGUUUGUCAAUGAGCUUGUGUACCUGAUGAUAGACGAUUUCAUUAACUGCUUUGUUUACCUGGAGGUGGAUGAGCCAAUACUACGGCUUUUGUACGAUUUAUUCACAUACUUUGGCGUGAAGAAGCUUGCACGUUACACAUUGGAGUAUGCUCUACUGUUGAGGGUGGAAAGUGAGGAUGUAAUGAGCGUUUUGCCAAUGAACGACUGGGCUAAACCAUUGUGGAAACAAUUUGAAGAAAGGGGGCUCACAGAACGCUCGUCGACGCCUGAACUAGAGGAGAAACUCUCUUUCUUAGCUCCAAUCCGACAGGAAUUCCACAAUCUGAUUCUGAGAACCCUUCAGAAGCGCAAUCUACAGGUAACCAUAAAGCCCCAGUCGUGCUGGGCAGAUGUCUUGCAGGCAUUCAAUCUGGCUUUGAGACAGACUCAAGAUAAGGAGAAGCAACAGGACUAUCAACGAUAUGCAUCGCUCAAAGUGCUUGAUCCAUACCUUGCUUCGGAGUCAAUGAUCGACACUGUGACCUACUCGUUUCCAGUUCUUGAACAAGAUUCCACACCACUCCUUGAACCAGUCAAAGAAGAUAAAGCUGAUGGUGUUAUGGAGCUUGAAGCGCCAAAACCCGAAGAUGGUGAGGUCAUGAUUGUGGAAGAAGAGAAGUCUAAAGCUCUACUGUCGUCUGCGAUUAGUGAAGCAGACAAAAUUGUGGUUCAAAGAACCUCACGAAGACUCAAUCGCGAGGAGAAUGUCGUAUUUGAGCUAGACGAUGUCCAACUAACUAGACACCACUACUUUGAGACCGUGGCUUUUUUUAAGCAUAUAGACGCCGCACUACGGACUGCCUUUCAUGUGGACGACGAGAUUCUUCACGACGUUGUCUGUCACAUAGUUGAUACUGACCUCAAUUCCAAGUCACCUCUUUUCGUGCUGGAUUUCGUCAAGCUACUCAAUGAAUGGAAGCCGCAUGUUCACACAGAGCUUUUGAUGCUGAAGAAGAAGUCGGGCGUACACAACCGUGAGUCAGAUGCCGAUAAAUUGAAGCUCCUUGAUGUCUUGACACAUUUCGGGAAUCAGAGCUCUGCAUCUUCUGAAACUACUGCUGAGCUCAUCGAUGAAGUUGAAAACUAUGACUACAUCAAAAAAACGCUUGCAAAAGAUAGUCAUAAACACCCAAAAGAUGCCCGUAUAGGCAUACUAUACCACCUUCUUGGAGGGGUUCUGCCUCCGGUAUUAUCAUACCUAUGGGGUAAAUCGCUAUAUGACUCCGUGAAAGAUUGGCUACUACAGCUCGAUUGUGAAUUAAAGAAAAAGUUCGAAUCUAUUGCUGUAAUGACCGAGGAAGAGCAAAGACUCACUUUAAGUGUUUGUGUGAGCAUCUUCGAGAUCUUUGUGGACGCCUACAUAUCCACCAAAACCGAGAUAGAUAAAAUCUUAGGUACUGAGUCCAAGAGCGGCUUGAGUAAAGCAGCGAAGCUGGCUCUAAGCCAUAUAACUACUGACCUUCUUUCACAUAAAGACCGCAUCAAGAAGUUAGAUGAAAUCCUCCAAGAAUACAUGCUGAAAGAUAAAAAUGUUGAAUGCUACGGCGAUGCUGUGCUAUAUGCUCGUUACAUUUGGGCAAAUAAUUAUCUCCUUGCAUCACAAAGUUUCUCUUGGAAAGAAAAAAAGUUCGUUGUGGUUCAUCUACAACGCCUUCUGGCCGUUUUUACCAACCAUCCGACCUUAUCGGUAAGCUAUAGCAACUAUUUCAACAUCGGAAAUCUUAAUCCAGAGAGCUUUGAGCGAAGACUCACGACAUCAUCCAUUUUGUCAAUUUUUUCGAAGAUUCUAUGGAGUGAGAAGUCCACAAAAGGCGGGGCAGAAGAUACAAUCGUUUUACUUGAAAACAUUCUUAUCCCCAAACCCGAACACGCAAACUCUGCCUCCACUGAAAAUGAUGGAAGUUUAGUAUCAUCCGUCAUACAUGGUAGAGCAAAUCUUGAUAAGUCGUCUUUAUCAAGUGUGAGCGAGUUUCUCGAUGUUUGCCCGAUAGAUCUAAAGCUAAGCUUAUGGAACAUUCUAUUCCUGUAUUACGAAGAAACGGCGGCUUUUGAUAGCUUUCAGAGGGGAUUUGAGCAGAACCUUAGCUUCAUGCUUUCUUUCUUCAAAAGUGAUAAGUAUUGUGAGAUGAAGCGUGAUCAAGAUCGAGCUAUUGUGCUACUCAAUACUCUUAAUUACUUCGGUGGUUACAUUCGCAUCUUUCUCAGGUACUUGGCGCGUAACAAUUGGACUCUUCCCUACAUCGAAACCCAAAAUUCACUUGAGACAGUCAAAGACCUUGCUCAAAUAUUUGAGCUUUUCUAUUGUUUUAGUUUGCAUGAAGAGGCAGCUCUUAUAACUGGGGCGAAAUUCUCCGUUGAGCUGCGCUCUAAAAAGGCUUUUCAAAGAUUGAAGGACUUUUGUAUCGAAACUAUCACACUCAUCUUAGUAUACUGCAUCAACCAGAUCAAGAAUGAUACGGGAAACGAGGAGGAAAUCACAGGAUUACUUCUCCUAGUGCAUAAUCAAUUGGGCAUAAGACGGCUAUGCGACUCUUCGUCUGGUGUUUUUCUCAAGCUUGCUGAGGAUACUUUGGUCGUUCUUCAUGACCGACCAGACGUUGAGCUUUCUCAGCUUUUGUCGUGUAGGUUCCAUUACAAGGUCAAAAUCAACGACAGGUUUCCAUCUGAUCAUGGUACCACAAAAUCAGCAGAAUUGGAUAAAGCAAGCGCAAAGGAGCUCGCAAAUUUUAUUCUUCCCUUAUGUUUUAGGAAUAAUCCUCUCUUAAAGGUCCCUAGAAACGAUAUGAAACAAGUGGUUGAUGAUAUCUUUGAUGUCUUGAAGCAGCUCGAUCAUGAUACGGAUAAAACUCUUGUGCAAAAUAAUGCUCGCAUCGAAAUGUUUUACCAAAAUACCGUGAUUGAUACAAGGUUUAUCAAACGGGCAUUCUAUGGUCUUCAUGACUUGAGUUUCCAAAAACCACACAAUGAUUAUUCCAUAGCCAACAAGGGUCUAUAUUUCGUGGAAGCUAUCUUCAUGUUCAACUCAUAUAAGAUUAGAAAGAAAUCUGCGCAGAGCAGAACAGUUGAACUUGAAAUGAUAAUCCGUCUUUUGAAAGAUGACCUUAUAUCUGGUAGCGAACGGGUCGAGUCAUGGAUACUUCUUGGCCAGGCUUAUGGGUACAUUGUCGAGGAUGAUUUGAUAUGGACAUCAGACAAGUUGAAUAUUAUUGAGCGUAAGGUACUCACCGCGAACUUACAAAGACAGUCUCUUCUAAGCUAUAUUAUGGCGAUCAAUCUUAUGACACAGAAGGGCCUCAAUGAUGCUGAGCAUUACAAGCCUGUCAUAAGCGUUCUUAUGAACUCAUUUGUCAAAGAACUCUACAAUGCAAAUAGAUCACCAUUGGAUAUGAUUGCCUUCAAGACUCAAACAAAUCCCAAAUUUGUGAGAAAGCGUCACACCACGAUGUUACAGCCAGUCGCUGAUCAGCCUACUCUCACCAAUAAGUUCUGCUUCAAAUUGAUGCAGCGGUGUCUUCAUCUCGCUAUCAGGUCCAACGAUGAAGAGUGGACUUCCUACUACUAUUUAGCGAAGAUUCAAAAUAAAUUAGGGAAGCCUGCUUCUCAGAUACUUGAUACAAUAUCUGAGAGCAGUGAUAUCAGCUUUAUUCAAGGUACCACUGCUGACCCAUUUUUGGAGGCUUCGUACUCCUUGUGCUCGUGGACGUAUAAAUUUUUCAAGGCAGGGAAGAUUACGUUGACUCAAGCGCUAGACUAUUUAAAGCGCGAUCCAUUUUUGAAGGUGAAGGCGGACAUCAACAUUGAUAAAGCGGAAGAUUUAUAUCGUUUGUUGAUCGCGUGCUUCAAGACUAUAAACUCACUCGACAAGAAGGGUUGGUACCACAAACAAUGUUACAGAAUGGCUGUGAUUUACUAUGAUGAGUUUGAUGAUUUUAAGGAAGCUAAGAAAAUAAUGUCAAGGUUCUUCACCUUGAAGGCUACUAACAAAACUUAUCUUCAGAUGUGGAAGCCCGAGCAUGAGAGACCAGGUAAGCAUUUUGUGUACAUGUAUCAGUACACUGAAUUCUAUAUCAAGUUGUUGAGAAGAGAACUUGAUCUUGCCUCAUUGGUUCUCAUGCUUCCAAAACUCCGAAGAGCGAACUCAACCAUGAUUAAGUUGUAUUUUGCAUGGGAGAACAUCUGCUCAUCUAUUUGCAAACUCAUUAGAGUUAUAGCGAAAGUAGAGGACGGCUCUACAGAAAAAUUUUUGUUCUUGAAACCUCACCAAACAUUUGUGAGGCAGGCUAAACACCUCAAUGAAGCAAUGAAAGGUAAAAAGAUCCCUGAGGACUUGAAGGCACAGUUUUGUUACCUCUAUGUGAUCAAUGAGAUGAGAAAGCUUAAUAAUGGGUUUGGUCCAACGUCGUUGAUUGAUGAUACAUUAUGCUCGGUUUACCUUAGAGUUUUCAGCACCCAGGUUGAAAGGCUACAAAUUACUGACAAAGAUGAUAGUCCCAAAGAAGGAUCUAAGGAUUCAAAAGUAAAGCGGCUUGCACGAAGGGAUCUUUUUCCUUUCAUUACGGGCCUCGUCACGGUUGUGAAAAGAGACGUUGAAGGAAUCUUGAAGGAUCAUUCUGACAUCUUCAACGACUUUAUGAAGGACUAUAUCCGUGAGCGACAGGAGAGAUAUCGUGCCUAUAAAAAUCUGCAGGCGAUACCCUCUCGGGAAAAUAUUCCCACCAGUCUGCCGUUGUUACCGGCUCCCGUCAUUGGAGAUCUGAAGAGCCUGCGAACUCAAGUGAGUGAGAAUCCAGCAGCAAUGAACUCUGCAAUCCCGCAACUGUCAGCUCAAAGUACAGAUCACAAACCAGUUAUCCAUGGUGCUACGUCAGAAGCUGAGAAUGCUAAUGGAAGUCAGGAUGAUUCGAGCAAUUCUGUUCAGCAAGAUCGUCAAUUGCAUUCCGAUGCCAUUGUUAAGCGAGAACGUCCGGAGGCUACGUUAGAUGCUAGUGUUCAGCAAGAGUAUCAUCCGCUGACCAUUUCCGACUCCAACGCGGUAUCGGGUAAUGUUUUGCCGCUAAAUCAAAGUACUUCGAAUUCGCAAGGUGCUCUAUACGCUGAUAAAAUAUCCGCCGUAUCUCAAUUCGUGGGCAAGAAUGAAUCAAACAAAGAGUAUUUGUCGCCACGCCCUUCGGUACCCUUUAAUCUGCCUGGUAGAACUGGACCCAGGGCAGGUAUUAUCAAAAAGGGCUCAGUGGACGCAGAGAUUGAAAAGUCUUUCAUAGCACAGACCAUGAAUAUCGACUCCAACGGAUCAGAAAAAAGUCACAGACAGCAGGAGGAGUUAGAGGCUAACGUUUUAGAGUCCAGAGAACCUACACCCCUUGCAGCUUUCAUUGAUUCUAAAGUCAAAAGUGCCUCUUCCCAAACAGCAGCUCUGUCUCUGGGAGAUGACGACAACGAAACGAAGAUUUCCGACCAAAAGGAUGUUGGGACACCGAAUAGAGUGGAUUUGAAAAGACCAAAUGAAGACAGUGAUGUUGAAGAAUGCAAGAAACCAAAAAUAGGUUAA